ACAAAACCAGGACCAAUCAAGUCGGACAGUUCUCACUCUGAGCGCUCUGCUUUAGUGUACUGCUACAACUGUUCCCAGAAAGGACAUUUUGGAUAUGAGUGCUCAGAAAAGCGGAUGCAUGGGAGCAUGUUCCCUACUUCUCCAUUCAUCUACUACUAUGAUGAUGAAUAUGAUAUCAAGAGAAGAGCGAACAGAUUAAAAAGAAAGAUCACAGAACUACAGGAAGCCGGCCUUCUGCCAGAACAGUCAGAGACACCAUGGCAGGAAGAAAAACAUGGGGGGCACAGCCAUAAGAAGAAGAGCAAGCCUUGGAAAGAACGUGGGAAACAUAACAAAGAUGGUGAGCGUCACAAAAAGAUGAAGAUGUCCCGGGCAGAGAAAUCCAGAGAAGAGAAAGACAGAAGCGAUGUUGAAAUCAGCCACAAUUUGGAGGAGGACUUCCCUAGAGGGUGUAAAAGGCAGGCACAUAAGGGCAGCAAAAUCUAUCACAAGUCCAUUUUCCAGGCAUUCUCAGGCAGCAAGACUGGGUAUGUGCAGGAGCAUCUGGAAGGUGCUAAAAGGAAGAAGAAAUGGAAAAAACAGAAAGACGCUAAUCCUGAUAUCAACGAGAAUUUAUUCCUCAUUAAACAGAGGAGGAAGAAGUCUAAACAGAAAUCCUGGUGA